GCUAAGUAGACUCGGCCAUCUUCUGUGUAUGCAUACAAAGCAUCUUGCACUCCUCGCCUCAUAUAAAAUCCUUUCCAAUUCCUCUGUUUUUUUCACAGGAAAAGUUACAAAUCCCAUGAUCUCGACACUUCAGCUUCUUUCAACUCUCACUAAUUUCCCUAUGCAGGCUUCCAGCUACAGCUCCAAUUUCCGACCAUAUGGCCCACUGGAGAACUUAUCACCGUCCAGCAGUGGAACCCAUCAAGGUAUCUCGGAUGAGGAGAUGAUCGCCACCAUCGAGACCAGUCCUCCUAAACGACGGGCCGGACGGAUGAAAUUCCGUGAGACGCGACAUCCCAUCUACAAGGGUGUCCGGCAGAGGAAUGGAGGGAAGUGGGUGUGCGAGAUGCGGGAACCGUGCAAGAAGACGAGGAUAUGGCUCGGGACUUUCCCGACAGCUGAGAUGGCUGCACGUGCCCAUGAUGUGGCCGCCCUGGCCCUUAGAGGCCGAUCGGCCUGUCUCAAUUUCGCCGACUCUGUUUGGCUUCUGCCCGUUCCUGGUUCUAGCAGUGUUAAAGACAUUCAGAAAACUGCGGCUGAGGCCGCGGAAAGAUUCCGUCCUUCGAAAUCUGCUGCCGAAGCGUUCCAUCCUUUGAAAUCUGAAAUCAAUAGAAGGAAUGAAAAGGAUCCGGUGAAGUGUGUAAAUCUUUCCCCACUGGAGAAUGUGUUGUACAUGGAUGAGGAAGCCAUUUUCGACAUGCCGGGAUUGCUUGCCAGCAUGGCAGAGGGGCUGCUGCUUUCUCCCCCUCCAUUUGUCUCGUGGGAUGACGUGGAAGAAGGUGCCGACGUGUCUCUAUGGAGCUACUCAAUUUGAUCCGGAAGGGAGCGGACAUUGAGAGAGAGAGGGGGGGUGGGACCCACCUCUUUAAAGAUGUAAUAUCCCACUUUGACUUGGGGUUGACUUUUUUUUUUUUUUACUAUUUUUAAGGGUCAUUAUUUUUUGUACAUAUUGGCCCAAAAAUCUCCAUCACAUGUAGCCAUUGGAAUUGUAAUAUUUUGAUUCAAAUGGUACGAAACCAUACAAUUUCACAAUUUUCCAUAGUUCAAAAAUCCAAAAAUUCAACUUGACGUCCAUACCAACUUGACAUUAAUUUUGGAUGAUAAGAUCAAUUAGUAAAUAAUAAUUACAAUUCAGAUUUUC